CUCUCCAUCGUUUCGCAUUUAAAAGUUCUUUCUCUUACGCACAAAUUCCACCAUCCACCUUGUGAUGAAAGAGAUGUUUGUCACCCUCGCCGUCUUCGUCAUCGUCAUGCUAUUCCUCAAUAACUGCUGCUGCUACUGCUGCCUUUGCCUUCCUCGUGGAGACCUGGUCAGACUAUACCCAUUAUCCCACCAAAGCUGGAGAAAUCUUGAUAGAGACAGAAGUUUCCCUGGUGGGUGAUGGGGAUGCUGCAUGGUUUUGGGGAUUUUUGUGUCUUUCAUAGGAGCAAGUCGAAAGUUUCGACUUAUGGAACAUUUCUGGCGAUCUUUUUCUGUUUGUUUUCAUUGAUUGCCGGAGCGCAGGAUGAUCCCAUUACAGACCCUAUGGAAGUGAAGGCUUUGCAGGACAUUAAGAGGAAUUUGGUCGACCCAAACAAGAAUCUGACCAACUGGAACCGAGGAGACCCGUGUACAUCCAACUGGACAGGCGUUUUGUGCUUCAACACAACUUUGAAAGAUGGUUAUCUACAUGUUAGAGAAUUGCAAUUGCUUAAUAUGAAUCUAUCCGGAACAUUAUCACCAGAGCUCGGCCACUUAUCUCAAAUGACAAUACUGGAUUUUAUGUGGAACAACAUAACUGGCAGCAUACCAAAGGAGAUAGGCAAUAUCACAUCUUUGGUACUCUUGCUUCUGAAUGGAAAUCACUUAACAGGUCCACUUCCUGAUGAGCUGGGUUACCUUCCAAAUCUGGACAGAAUUCAGAUUGAUCAGAACCAAAUAUCAGGACCAAUACCUAAAUCUUUUGCAAACUUAAAUAAAACAAAGCACUUCCACAUGAACAAUAAUUCACUGAGUGGGCAGAUUCCACCAGAGCUAUCGCGAUUACCAAGUCUUGUUCACUUCCUGCUGGACAAUAAUAACUUAUCUGGGUACCUUCCACCAGAGUUCUCCGAAUUGCCAAAGUUACUUAUACUUCAAGUUGAUAACAACAACUUUGAUGGGACUACAAUUCCUCAUUCUUAUGGAAACAUGUCAAAACUGUUGAAGAUGAGCUUGAGAAAUUGCAGCUUGCAAGGAACAAUUCCUGAUCUGAGCAAUAUUCCAGGUCUUGGUUAUCUGGACCUCAGUUCCAAUAAGCUGAAUGGGUCCAUACCAACAAAUAAGCUUUCAGAGAACAUCACAACUAUAGAUCUAUCAAACAAUAACCUAUCUGGAACCAUUCCUGCCAACUUUUCAGGGCUUGUUAACCUUCAGAGAUUGUCACUUGCAAAUAAUUCAAUGGUUGGUUCUGUAUCGUCUGAUAUUUGGCAAAAUAGGACUGUCAAAGCAACUGAAAGAUUGGACGUGGAUUUGCAGAACAAUCAAUUUGUCAACAUUUCAGGCAGCACUAGUCUUCCUCAAAAUGUCUCUGUCUGGCUUCAGGGGAACCCGUUAUGCUUGAACAGCAACCUUGUUCAGUUUUGUCAAUCUAAAAUUUUUCCUACAGAUAGCUUGCAGAACAUGACAUCCGAAGACUGUCCCAGUCAAUCGUGCCCGCCCCCUUAUGAAUAUUCAGUGUUGUCCCCUGUUCGGUGUUUCUGUGCUGCACCUUUGUUAGUUGGAUAUCGCUUGAAAAGUCCAGGGUUCUCGUACUUCGAUGCCUAUGAGAAUGUGUUCUUGCAGUACCUGUCAGAGGGUCUCGUCUUGUAUCUCUAUCAAGUGCAGAUUGAUUCCUUUUCAUGGCAACAAGGCCCUAGGCUGAAGAUGUACAUAAAAAUUUUUCCCGUCUAUCAAAAUGAAAGUGACUCCCAUCUGUUCAAUGGAAGUGAGGUACUAAGAAUCAGGCGCAUGUUCACAGGCUGGAAUAUUCCUGACAGCGAUUUAUUCGGACCCUAUGAACUUCUGAACUUCACUCUGUUGGAGCCUUACCAGGAAGAGUUUCCAACUCUCUCAUCAUCUGGUAUAAGCAAAGGGGCUUUGGUUGGCAUAGUGCUGGGUGCCAUUGCUGGGGCUGUCACAUUAUCAGCCAUUGUUUCACUGUUCAUCAUGAGGAAACAUCUGAGAGACCAUCAUGGCAUUUCAAAGAGACGUCGAUCAUCUACGGCAUCCAUCAAAAUUGAUGGUGUGAAGUGCUUUGCCUACGGAGAACUGGCUUCAGCUACAAACAAUUUCAGCAGCUCCACUCAAGUAGGCCAGGGAGGAUACGGAAAGGUUUAUCGGGGAGUUCUGGCUGAUGGCACAGUGGUGGCCAUAAAACGGGCGCAGGAGGGGUCAUUACAGGGUGAAAGGGAAUUCUUGACGGAAAUUGAACUUCUUUCAAGGUUACACCAUCGAAAUCUUGUGUCUUUGAUUGGAUAUUGUGAAGAGGAAGGUGAACAGAUGUUGAUAUAUGAAUUCAUGUCCAAGGGAACUCUACGAGAUCAUAUUUCUGGUCGAUCUAAAGACCCUGUUACUUUUGGAAUGAGACUGAGAAUUGCCCUUGGUUCAGCCAAGGGCAUCCUAUACCUGCAUUCAGAAGCAGAUCCUCCAAUUUUUCACCGUGAUAUCAAAGCCAGUAACAUAUUGUUGGAUUCAAAUUUUACUGCUAAAGUUGCUGAUUUUGGACUAUCGAGACUUGCACCUGUUCCAGAUAUUGAAGGCGUCAUACCAGCUCAUGUGUCAACGGUGGUCAAGGGGACUCCUGGUUAUCUUGACCCGGAGUACUUCUUGACUCAUAAAUUGACAGACAAGAGCGAUGUUUAUAGCCUCGGUGUCGUGUUUUUGGAGCUAUUGACCGGGAUGCAGCCCAUCUCGCAUGGCAAAAACAUUGUUCGUGAGGUGAAUACCGCAUACCAAUCUGGCACCAUCUCCUCUAUCGUUGAUGGAAGCAUGGGAUCUUAUCCUUCAGAAUGCGUCGAGAAGUUCCUGAUGUUAGCCCUGACAUGUUGUCGAGAUGAGACAGAUGCACGGCCCUCAAUGGCAGACGUCGUGCGCGAGCUGGAAAGCAUAUGGCUAAUGACACCCAAGUCAGAUGGUAGGACGACAGAAUCCAUCUCAAUCGAGGCCACAAAGAAAAUGACACCGCCGUCCUCUUCUUCCGAGAUAAUGAAUCCUAAUGUGUCAUACGAUGUCUCCGGCAGCGAUCUCAUCAGCGGAGUUACGCCGACGGUCACCCCGAGAUAAAGCCGCUUCCCUGUUUUUCUUCCUCUCUCUCUGUUGGGAAAUCUAGGUGAAAAUAGCUUGAUUGACCUUAAUUAGUUUGCUGAUAAUGUAGUUACCUGCACUCCAACAUGCCUCAUAGUAGCUGAACUAGCUUGCGUUCACUUUUGCGCCGAUAUUUGUUGUAUAGGUCAUUCGCAAUGCUUGUUCAUCCUUAGGGACAGAUGCCUGGAAGUUACUGCUAAAUAUGAUAGUUAAGAUAUUGUUUGAUCU